AUGAGCACCAUUGUCGACUGCCUAGCGGCUGGCCCCGCAUCGCUGCCCAUGCCUGGAGAAGCUGACGCCAAACCUGAUGUCGAAGCUGAAGCUCAACGAGUCAUCCAUCAAGACAACAAAGACACCCUGUCACAACCCCCCAAUUCGACUCCCGACGCCCCUCAGAACCAGUCUCCGAGUCCGCGUCCUGCCGAGGGCCGCCACGCUUCGCGACGCAGAAGCCUGGAAGUCGUCGCCGAGGCUCAAGGCGAUGUAGACGGCUUCGUGAAAGAACUCGACCAGAAACGCCGCCAGCUCGACGAUCAGAUCCACAAGUUCAUUGCUCAGAAAGAGAGGGAAUUCAAGCUAUACGAGCGCGAGUUGCGCACCCGCUAUCGAUCUCAACCCCCACCUGCCAUAAAACCCUCUGGAAAUGCCUCGCCUACCACCACGUCUGCUGACCAGCCUGCACAUGCUGCUGACAACAACCAAGACGCACGAGCCACGAAUGAAAAGAGCCAUGAACGGGAAAGUGAGCUUCUAGGUCUCUUCACCCCUGCAUAUCUUCCAUUACUCGAGAACAGACCCUCUGGUCCUGGUCGCUCUCCUUCUGCUCCUGCCCUCAGCGAUGCUGCUGUCUCAACCACCAUCUCACCCGAUCGCCAGGCUCUUCAGCGAGCCAACACUGACCCCGUCGGUGACAACAAGUCCUCAGCGCACAGGCGGGGCUUGGGCCCAAGGACUCCUUCAUCUGGCUUAGAUCAAGGAAGAAGCCUGGUAUCGGCUCUAAAGUCACCUUCGGCUGGUCCAAGACUCUCCAGCAAGAAGCGUGUGUCACUGAUCGUAGGUGAUGAGGUGGUUGCGCCAAGUGAUAACAUCCUCUCGAGCGCAGAUAGAGACACGAAUCAUCGUCCGGACAACGAACUCGGUGCUGAACACAUUGAAAUACAAGCACCCGCUCAGCCCACACGAGCAGAGACACGCGAACCCACCUCUCCAAAAUCGCCGUCGCUGGACACAGCUGAAUCAAGCAAUUCUCAGAGCCCCCAGACUGGUGGUCAACCUGGUGGAUUGAGUCUCGGGUUUGCCUCAGCUGCCCGCGGGACCGGCGUGUCUCAAGAACCUCUGCAAACUAAGGCCAGCCCCCAGGACGACCUUGAGCUCGCUUCACCCUUCUCUAUGGACGAGGAGUUUGAUAACACUGGCUCUUCAGAAAUGUACACGACGCAAAUAGAGGAUAUCGAUGCAGAUAUUGACUCGGGUCUGGACUCUGAAUCCACCUUGCGCGCGGCAAGUCCGGCUAGCCCUAGCGACAGGGAUAUCUCUCCAGCCAGCCAUGCGUCCAGCCUCAACAUCCCCAUCGCGAGUUUUGAAACAUCGUCUUCUUCUUCAGCUCAGCCCAUAUCACCAGGCUUCUCAAGGCCUUCUGUGCGAGAAGAUCCUCAGCUGCUAUUCAACGACCAGGUAUCAGAAGAACUACCAGCCCAAGGUUCUUUGUACGGUUCCUUUUCUCGACCGAGCUAUAGCAAACAACAGACCAGUGGCAGUCUAGGAGAGUCAUUCAUGCAGAGGAAUGCCGAGAAGUUGAUGCGACGCAGACAGUCUGCGCAGAAAUCCUAA